GUGAUUUGUUGCGUCGAGUGGCGAAACAGCCUUUUUUUUUUUUUUAAUAGAUAGCCUGAAGAGAUCAAGUCUAUUUAAACGAUCUCCCUUUCUCUCUUCAUCCGUCUGGGAGCGAUCGAGGCGACGACAGACGUUGCUUCUCUCGUAAGCGAGCUUCAGCAUUGACUGACAGAAGCAGCAAUGAUCUCGGGGACAACAACGUUCCUCUGUGUUCCUCUUCUUCUUCUUCUUCUCACAUCCCUGGAUGCGAGCAGCGGCUACGUCAUAGAGGACGACCCCCACAGUCCCUACAACCACGGCGAACCCUUCUUCCAAAAUGUCCAUCCGCGGGGGCUUCCAGACCCUCUGGAGGAUGUUGCCGAUGGCCGCCGCCUGCAUCCUGCCCUUUCCCUAAAUAAGCAUUCCGAGAUUCACGACGGAGUUCCUGAGGGCGGGAGUGGAACUGGAGCUAACGAGGGAGCACCGAAAUCACGUCAAGGGGCGUCUCCUCUGACGAGGUUCUCGUUUCCUGACAGGGGACUGCAGAGAGCAGCAGCGGCCGCUUCUGUCAGCAUCCUUGAAGGUCACUGGGCCAGAAUGAAGUCCAAGAUCGAAACGCAAGACGCCGAAGGACCACCCAACACUGAUCUGUGGGAUCUGCUUCUGUUUGUGAUGAGAUCAGAUCUGUAUCUACCCUCGACGGACAGAACUUUGGUGCAGAGCGAGCAGUGUGUCAGAGAUGUGGAAACCAUUUACAAACCCGACACUGAGGAGCAGUGGUCGACGGCUUUCAGAAUUGUAGACAGUUGGGGCAAGAUGCCUGACGGGCUGCUCUGGGGCAACAUCCAGGCUGCUGGGGCAUUCGAUGAGUGUCUUUCCAUCCGGGGGAACAGCAGCAGCAGCAACACUUCAUCGACAAGUGAUGAUGUGUUGAGCAGCUUCAAGGGGAAGUACUGCUCCAUCUCCCUAAAGGACAGCGUGAACUCGGGAAAUGUCACGACGGCUGUGAGGAUGCCUGGUCUGCAGGCCUCUGGCUUCCCUUCCCUCUAUACGAUGUAUGGAACAUGCAUGCCCUCUUCCUGUGUGCAGGAGGAUCUUCUCAUCAGCUUGAACGAAGCGCUGUCAAAGAGCAACAAGUCAGUGGCUCAACUCUACUGUCAGACCGAUGACCCUCCGCCACUCCAUUUCACACCUGGGCUGGUUGUUAUGAUAUGUCUCCUCUCGCUGUUCGGACUCCUGCUUCUGGCUGGCGCCGCCCUCGACUGCUGGAUCGACUUCUCGGGGAAGAAGGAGAUGCGACAAGGUCCUCUGAAGUAUCUGCUGGCGUUCUCGCUCACGACGAAUCUGCAGAAGAUGUUCCACAUCAACACUGCUGGGAGUCAGGAGGCCAUCACUUGCCUAUACGGAAUGAGGGUGCUAUCAAUGGCGUGGGUUGUUUGGUGUCAUCAGUACAUGAUGGUCAUCUUCGUUGAGGGCAACUUAGGAUCCAUCACUAAUAUUUUCAACGGACAUUGGCUCAGCCAAAUCAUGAUGAAUGGAUACCCUUCUGUCGACAGCUUCUUCUUCAUGAGCGGCCUCUUGGUGGCCUACGGCAUUCUGAGGGAAAGGAAACAUACUGGAAAAGUCAAUCUCCUCGUUUUCUACGUCCACAGAUACAUUAGGCUGGCAGUGCCCAUCCUACUUUUGUGCGGAUUUCUGGCCACUUUCACCGAGUACUUAGCCCACGGACCCAAUGCCCUUUGGUUGAAGGGAUCCUUUUCUCUGCAGGAGGCUUGCCAGAACUACUGGUGGAGAGAUGCGCUCUUCAUCACGAACUUCUUUGUUGCUAGAAGCACCCCGACAUCGUGUCUGGGCGUCUGUUGGUACACAGCAGUAGAUUUCCAAAUCUUCCUCUUUACCCCUCUGAUUUUGUUUCCAUUCUUAUGGGAAGAAUGCUUUCGGGUUACCAAGAGGAAACUAAAUAUUGUAGGUUUGGUCUGGCUUGGUGUUGUGGUUUGCAUCUCGGUUCUCGUUCCCGGGAUAAUUACCGGAAUUGAUGAGCUGCCUCCUACUGGAAUAAUGAGUUUAUCGGACAUGGAUAUGAGUUACAAAUACAAUAAGGAGGUGUACAUGGCCUCCUGGUGCAGAGCACAGCCUUACCUGGUCGGGAUGGGUCUCGGAAUCCUUUUCCGAAGAGAUGGCAAGAAGAAAGUCAAGUUGGAAAUGUGGCAAGUUGUUCUUGGAUGGUUGAUAGCAACGGCAACUGGACUAGCCGUUAUCUUCGGCAUGUAUGACUAUAACCAGAUUGGAAAAUACCCUGGGUACAACUGGGCUGACAGUGUGUUCUACGCGUCGCUGCACCGGCUUGCGUGGGGGCUGGCUCUUGCCUGGGUAGUCUUCGCGUGUCAUUAUGGAUAUGGAGGUGUAGUGAACAGCUUCUUGUCCCAUCCCUCCUGGCAACCUCUGAGUCGCCUGACUUACUGCAUGUUCCUGGUGGCGAUUCCUGUUCAGACGAUCAUCUAUGUCUACAAUGACUUCUACCCCCUUUAUUUCUCACAUCUGAACAAGGUUCUGGAAACAGUUGGCGCUCUGUUUGUCUCUGGCGUUGGGGCAGUUCUCCUCUCCCUCUGUACUGAAGCCCCCGUCAUGGGUCUCGAGAAGCUGCUUUUGAGGAGAGACAAAGAGAAGCGCUAGCUGUGGGGAGGGCAGUUUUUAGUGAUGGAAAUUGGACUGUGGCAGAGUCUCCCUCACCGAGGACGUCACGCAAUUGGAAUUUUAGAAGUUCAAGCGAAGAUGCAAUGCACUGCCUCCCUAAUGUUAUUCCACUGACAGCAUUUAAAUGCAUUUAUAUCUGUCUACUUAUUAACUUCUUCCUAAUGAACACCAUAUUCUUUGGAAGCGCGAAUUUCGAGUCAGUGGCCCCUUUAGUGGGCUUAUUCCAUAUGAAUAGGGUUACUCUAAUUAGUAUUAUAAUAAUAUUUAUUUGUAAUGUAGGAUAAGUGAUACAGUUUGGUUCAUUUGAGGCUUCAAGAUUAUCUUUGUGGCAUUUUAAGACACUUCAAACGAAGUCGCAUAUUUAAUUCUGUAGUUUUACUUUCGUAACCGGGAAUGAAUUGUUUAACUCACAAGUGACUUCGUUAACUAAGUGGCAAUUCGGUUCACUUAGGAAAUUCUAUAUUCACAAAAGGGUCCUUCACUUCACGCGGGAGAUGCAAAGUGACCUAAAAUGUCGUUUGAUUAACUAAAAAUAUACCCAAGUCAGAGGUUGCUUGGUUAACUCGGGGAUAACCGAGUGGAGACGAGGGUAACGUGGGAUCAUCUUCACAAAUAUGACGCCGUUUGGACAGUCAGGUCGUCUCCUCAAAUAAUGUUGUCAAUCAGAUGAAUAUCAAUUCUCCUCAAUUAAACUAAAUACAGACACA